ACAAAUCAUGUCUUCAAACGGCAUGGAAUGGGAUUUCAAUUCAUAUCAGAAUGACUCACAAUAUCUGGUGGCUAUCGAUGAGUCCAGUGUCCAGCAGUCAAAAGACGGAUCACUUCAACAGUUCUCACUAUAUGGACAGUAUGUCAAAAAUGACGGAUCAGAUGCUGCUUUUAUAGCUUAUUUUAAGUCCGACGGCUGUUCACCCAAAUAA